UCCUCCUUCAUGACUCCUCCUCCAGCACUACGCUCGGUUUCGCCGUGAUUUCAUACCGAAGUCAUACUUUACAUUCCAGCUUUACUGACAAAUCGGGAGAAAUAUUUCUUCUAAAACAUCAGCGUGGCUUGCAUUUGUAAAUGCGCUCACGAGAUAAAGCCUGAAACCCCUUUUUGCCCACUGUAGAGCAGAGGUUUGCUUUUAAGUCCUGGGUGUAAGGGCUCACGUAGGGGCCCAGGUGGAGCCGCCACCAUUGCAACCAACGAGUGGAGCACCAGCGAGAGCCCGGAGGAGGGGCAGGAGGAUGGAGUGGAUGGGAUGGACAAGGCCGGCUUGGACGGCGAUGCAGAGGGCGUCUGGAGCCCUGACAUCGAACAGAGUUUCCAGGAGGCUCUGGCCAUUUAUCCCCCCUGUGGCCGCAGAAAGAUCAUCCUUUCAGACGAAGGCAAGAUGUAUGGUCGUAAUGAGCUGAUAGCAAGAUACAUAAAAUUGCGGACCGGAAAAACCCGCACACGCAAACAGGUGUCUAGUCACAUGCAGGUGUUAGCCAGGAAGAAAAUACGGGAAUAUCAAGUAGGCAUCAAGGCCAUGAACUUGGAUCAGGUCUCCAAAGACAAAGCCAUGCAGAACAUGGCCGCUCUCUCCUCCGCUCAGAUCGUUUCUGCCAGUGUGAUGAAGAGUCAGCUGCCUCUUCUUCCUCAGCACCCCUAUCCUCCUCCAGCCCGGUUUUGGCCUGGCCCCAUCCCAGGACAGCCUGGACCUUCUCAGGACAUCAAACCCUUUGCACCGAGUCCAUACUCCACCCUUCAGCCUCCACUGCCUACACCCAUGUCAAGUUAUGAGCAGUUACCCCCGAGCGCCUCUGCCAUGCCUGUGUGGCAGGACCGGACCAUUGCCUCCUCUAAACUACGCAUGCUGGAGUACUCUGCCUUCAUGGAGCUCCAGAGAGACCCUGACACUUACAGCAAGCACCUGUUCGUCCACAUCGCCCAGACUAACCCCUCGUACACAGACCCUCUCCUGGAGGCCGUGGACAUCCGUCAGAUCUACGACAAGUUUCCAGAGAGGAAGGGAGGGCUGAAGGAGCUGUAUGAGAAAGGCCCACAAAACGCCUUCUUUCUGGUCAAGUUCUGGGCUGAUCUGAACAGCAGUAAUGUUCAGGAUGGCGCAGGCUCAUUCUAUGGGGUCAGCAGUCAGUACAGCAGCGCUGAAAACAUGACCAUCACUGUCUCCACUAAAGUCUGUUCUUUUGGGAAACAGGUGGUAGAGAAAGUCGAGACGGAGUAUGCGCGUGUAGAGGGCGGGAGGUACGUUUACCGGAUCCAUCGCUCACCCAUGUGUGAAUACAUGAUCAACUUCAUCCAUAAACUCAAGCACCUGCCUGAGAAAUACAUGAUGAACAGCGUCCUGGAGAACUUCACUAUACUGCAGGUUAUCACAAACAGAGACACACAAGAGACUUUGCUUUGCAUUGCAUUCGUCUUCGAGGUGUCCACAAGCGAUCACGGAGCACAGUAUCACGUUUACAGACUCGUCAAGGACUGAAUGACCUCCAGACGCCGUUCGUCCGAUGCGUACCAACAAACUGAGGAGAAGAAAAUUAAGCAAACCUAAAGCUCAUGAACACAAUCGUGGAUAAAACACAAACCGGGAUCCUCUGCACUAGGCUGUGCUGUAUAUGUAGCCGUGUUCCUUAAAAGCAAAGGAAAUGUACUUUCAGGGAUAAUUCUGUUUCUUACUGUUUUGUGGAGGAGAGGUCUUGAAUGUCUGUGGUGGGUGAACUCUGUCACGUUUAUGGUACUACACUAUGGCACAAAGGUCUUUUUAAAAGCCAUUGUAAGCGAAAAGGAAAAGAAUUCUGGUCGAUACAAGGUUUUCUCUAAUCAGGAACGUUGUGAUAGCAUAUGUUUGUCUUUCAUUUAGACACAGCAGCUUGCUACCUCUGACCUUUGACAGAUCGCGGGCUCAGGUUGGGUUUAGAACGAUGCGUAAGUCAUGAAAAUAAAAAUGGUUUUGUGUAGGAAAGAGACACUGAAUGUUUGUUGUGAUGGGAAGCGCAAGUUGCCAGAAGUUCAGGGUUCAUGUUCCAUGAAUGUCACACACUUUUUUACUCUCGAUUUGGCUUGAUUUUUGUGUUUGCGAAUGUGUGAGCUAUUUCUACCUCCUGGUCUUACGUGGAUAUGUGUGAAAGCCUGUUUUCACCACGGAAUAAAAAACAUAAUUGCGAGUUUGAAUCUCACAACUUCUAGGACAUUUUCUGGCGAUUCUGUGUUCACAUCUCACAAUUUGGACUUUGUUUUUAGAAAGGGGGGAAAAAAACGAAUUCUGAAUGUUUUAAGAUAUAAGUGAAUUUUUUCGGCAACUGGCAAUUACUAGUUCAUAACUAGAUAUAAACUCGUAAUUCUGAGUAGAAAGGCCAGAAUUGUGAGAUAUAAACUUGCAAUCGUGAGAAAAACGCAAUUGUUAAAAUAAAAAAAAUGGCAUUACCCUUUUUUUAUUUACUUUAUCGUCGCAGAAAAACAAAAUUGUGAUUUGUGAGAAAAUUUCAGAAUUGCAAAAUAUAAACAGAAUUAUGAGAUGUAUAAUUGGAGUUGCGAGAAAAAAAAAGUGAGAAUUCUGAGUUUAUAUCGCGAUUAUGUUUUUAUUUCUCAGAAUUCUGGGUAAUUUUCAGAAUUUCUAAAAAAAAAAAAAAAUCAGAAUUGUGAGAAAAAGUCGCAGUUACAUUUUUUUUUCAGUAGCAGGGAAAAAAAAACUAUUGCGAGAUUUAAACUCAGAAUUGAAACUAAAAAAUCUGAUUUGUGAAAUAUAAACUAUAAAUACAUAAUUGUGAGAUGUUAACUCAGAAUUGUGAAAUGUAAAUUUGGAAUUGUGAGGGAAAAGAGUCAUAACUGUGAUAUAAAGUCACAAUUAGCUGUUUUAUUAUUAUUAUUCUGUGGUGGGAAUGGGCCUCUGUGGAUAUGCAAAGUGCAUUUUUUUUCUAUAAUGAUUAUUGUGAAUAUGCAUGGUUUUACUCGAUUGCCCUCAUUUUGAGUGCCUUAUCACUUUUGUGUCUACCUUCACCAUAACAGCGAGUGAGCAGGAAGAUUCAAUAGAUCAGGUAUCACUGUUUAAAUCAAAGAGGGCAAAGCUGAUAUUACAUAAUGGGGUUACAGCGGGACAAAACAGAUCUCAGCGUGUUACACUAGGUUUUGAUCUCUCAGUGUUUUUAAUCAAUGAACUAGAUGCUAAAUAAUUAUAUCACCAAAGCAAUUACACUUAACUGGGUGCUUGAGUAUUUUCCUCAUAAAAAACAUUGUGUUUUGAAAGAAAGAAAGAACCAAACAAUGUAUUUUAAUAUAAAAUUGAAAUAUUUCUCUCAAUUUUUGGAGUGUGGUAAGGUGUGCCAUUGGUCAACAUUAGAUUCUGAACAGCACGGAGUGAAAUUAACCGUUAAUUCCAUAUCAAAAUGUGCAAUAAGAUCUGGGCUAUUCUGUUCCACGUUUUCUCAGGUUCUGUCAGUAAUGUAGAAACACUCUAGGUUUAUAAUGUUAGUAUAUACAGUACGUGGAGUCAUGGAUUUCAUUUCUCCUUUUACAUUUAUUCUUCCACACAUGGCAUCCUUCUUGGUGUUGACAGUUUGUUUGUUUUUUUAACCCACUUUCACCUACGCUGGUUAGUACAUAUGAUUUUAAAUGUCAGACAUUAUCGGUGACGUUUAACUGUAGUCAGCUGAUUAUGGCAUCAUAUAUUGGUGCAUUUAUAUACAUUUGUCCAGUACAUUAUGGAAAGCACAUGUUGCUGUUCCAUUAAAAAACUGAGUUGUACAUUCUCCUUUAGGAUUUUUUUUUUUUUUUUUUUAGUUUUUAGACUAAUCUGUAAUAUCUUAACCAAAGAAUCGAAUGUGAACAUCAUCCCAGUCUUGCCUUAUUUUGUGCUUCGAGUCUUCUCUGACAAUUUAAGAGAAUUGUGUUUGUGUGUGUGUGUGUUUGUGUGUGUGUGUGUGUGAGAGUGAGAGAGAGAGACAGAGAGAGAGGAAAAUAGAAUAGAUGUUUUUUUGUGUGUGUGUGUUUUAAGAAUGUUACAGGAAAAAGGUUUUUAUGUUUAUUCUUUUUUCCAUCUUAUUUUUAUUUUUAUUUUUUUGGGCUUUGUUUGUUCCAGUAUAAUUCUUGUUCUGGUUAAUAUUAAAUAAGGGUUGUAACAUCAAUGUUUCAUGUUUUUGCCCAUUAAAGUGGCUUUAAAGCAUAAACAAUUACA